GCGGCGCCCGCGGGCGAGCGGGGAGGGCGGCGGGAACCCAAAGUUGCCUCCUCGCGGGCCCGCGUCCCUGGCGGGACUGCAGCCAGGGGCCAGCCAAGCGGCGGCCGCGGCCCUGGACUCCCGCGGUACCUGGGCAGCGACCCCGCACGAGCGGCAGCAGCGUGGGCGGCGUUGGCGGCGGCGGCGCGCGGGAAGCGAACCGGAGCUCCGGCGCGGCGCUGCGGCCGCCAGGGAACUCAGCUCAGGUGCGCGGCGAGAGGGGCGCGGGCUAGGGCCCGCCCGCUGGGACCUGAGCAGUACGAGGCGCUUGCGCGGGCUAGACCACUGCCACCACCGACUGCCCUGCCCUGGGAUCGGGCUCCUAGUCCCCGACCGCAGCGACGCCGGGGUCCCCCCGCCCCUGAGAGCUGGCUGCGGGGCUCAGGCCCGCCCCUGCCAGCCUUGGGACGCACCGCUCCACCCUCAGCCAGCCUGCGCCCGCCCUCGACCCAGGAUUUCUGGGGUAUUGGCCGCGCCUCUGGGUGAUCCCUCAGGGCUCAAGUUGCAAGGGGGCGGGCCCGGGCCGGAGGUGGAGUCUCCCGCCAAUUCAAGCUUUGGCUAUAAAUUGAGCUCCCUGCGCCACCGAAGACCAGAUGCCUCGCCAGGCCGCCUCGCGGUUGGUGGUGGGAGAAGGUGAAGGACCCCCGGGGGCUUCAGGACCCGCGGCCACCAUGCUCCGCUCCCUGCUGCUUCACUCUCUGAGGCUCUGCGCCCAGACCGCCUCGUGCCUCGUGCUGUUCCCGCGCUUCCUGGGCACGGCCUUCAUGCUCUGGCUUUUAGAUUUCUUGUGCAUCCGCAAGCAUUUCCUGCGCCGUCGCCAUCCUGACCACCCUGAGCCCGAAGUAGAGCUCAACAGUGAAGGCGAGGAGGUGCCCCCCGACGACCCACCCAUCUGCGUAUCGGACGACAACCGUCUGUGCACCCUGGCCUCUCUCAAGGCCGUGUGGCAUGGCCAGAAGUUGGAUUUCUUCAAGCAGGCCCACGAGGGUGGCCCUGCGCCUAACUCGGAGGUCAUCCGACCUGAUGGCUUCCAAAGCCAGCGCAUCCUCGACUACGCACAAGGGAGCCGCCCGCUGGUGCUCAAUUUUGGCAGCUGUACCUGACCACCAUUCAUGGCGCGAAUGAGCGCCUUCCAGCGCCUGGUCACCAAGUACCAGCGUGACGUCGACUUCCUCAUCAUCUACAUCGAGGAAGCCCAUCCAUCCGACGGCUGGGUCACCUCAGAUUCGCCCUACACCAUCCCACAGCACCGCAGCCUGGAGGACCGUGUCAGUGCGGCAAGGGUCCUGCAGCAAGGUGCACCUGGCUGUCCUCUGGUCCUGGACACCAUGGCCAACUCCAGCAGUUCUGCAUAUGGUGCCUAUUUUGAGCGCCUCUACGUCAUCCAGAGUGGCACCAUCAUGUACCAGGGAGGCCGUGGCCCCGAUGGGUACCAGGUGUCUGAGCUGCGCACUUGGCUGGAGCGCUAUGAUGAGCAGUUGCACGGUGCUAGGCCACGCCAAUUCUAAAUAACGAAGGGACCAGUGACAGACAUUGGCGGGCUGGGUCCUCGGGCCUUCGAAGCCCACAUGCUAGUGCUACAAACGAAGUCAAGAUUUUCGGGGUGCCCAUGACACAGAUGCGCACAGCCACAGAACUCAGAACUGAGUCUGGCUCUCAGCCAACUAAAGACUUAACAUCCCUAAGACUCUGCUAUAGUGACUCCCUUUUGUACCUGCUUGGCUUGCUCUCGGGAGCAUUGCUGUGGCUCAAACUGGCAACUUUGUCCCUGCUGGAGUUUACCUGCUGGACUUUCUCACACUUGCUCCCCAGCGCUCCUCCAGCAACUCCAUAGUCCCCAGCAUCUCACAGAUCAGACUUGUCGGCCACGCCCGCGCGCGCCCUGAGCGCAGCUGGGUUCCAGCAGCGCCACGGUCUCUUGCUAGUUGCCUGGCACCCACCUGUCGCGCGCAGGGAGUCCUGCUGCUUUUGUGUUUAUUUCUUGUCCCUGGGUUGGGGGAGGGGUUCGGGAUAGGGGAAGGGUGGGCAGGGUAUUUUCCCCGCCUAGCUUUGGGUGCGCUGGAGCCCGGCUGCUGAUGACGAACCGUCUCUAACUGGGCUUGACCACGGGUCGGCUCUGAAUUGCAGGGGAGCUCUAAAACAGCGCUUAAAGUAAGAGGGGGAAGAGUGCUCUGGGUCCCAUGAGGAACCUUCCAAAAUGGGGUGGGAGGGGGACGUGGUAAAGGGUAGGCUUUGGGACCAAAGAAGUGGCUUGAAGCAUUGGUGAGGUUCGAAGGGCCCCAGAGGGAGGCUAGAACU